AUGUCCAAGGUCGACGUUGAUCUAGGAGACGCCUUAGCCAAGGUGCUCCCGACCGGAGUGAAACUCACCAUCCGCCAUAUCUCGUCCACUCCCACAACGAGCACUGCUCUCUUCGCCCCAUCCCCUGGCGAAGAGGCCGAACCAACAUUCUACGAAAAUCAUUUCCUCUCGGCGUCUAUUGCCCCUGCAGACAAGGGCAAGAGUGAUGGUGGCGUGGAGGCGGAGAUCAUCGUCUUCGGCAUCGAGGUGUUGGUCUACACUACGGCGCACCUGACUACCAUUUUUGUCUCAAAGGCUGAUUCGACCGGGCACCUGCAUCUUCUGAACGCGGCACCGAAAAGCUCAAUUCUCAGACACCUCACUAACACUUUUCUUUCCUUUCUUGUGCACACGCACCAGCGACCUGGUGUUCGGCUCGUGGUGUCGCUGUUUGCCCGUGCUCAGAACCAGUACCUCUUCCCGGGGAGUAUUGAGAAUGCCGAGAAACAUGUCCUUGAUGAUCGCGGUCUGAUCAAAUGGUGGUGUCGCGCCCUUGACCCGAUCCUGCGCGAGUAUGAGCCGGAAUCUGGAUCCCAGGAGCAAGACAAGAAACACGAGGAAUCGGCCCGCAGCUCUGCAACUGCAUAUCUCAUCGUCCCCAGCUGCGACAAGUUCGAAACACGGGGAUUCUUCCCACCCACUGCGAAGUCUGACGACAAGGACCGUCCGCGGUGGCUGAACGCCUAUCCAUUGAGUCAACUGUGUAGUCAUCCUGGUGCUCCUCCGCGCUGCUUGGUCCCGCGGUUCCCUGAUGAUCCCAAGACGCGCUUUUUGAUAGAUCUCGAUGAUGAACUUCCGGAGAACGGGGCGACAGAAGGUACUGGGCAAUGGAGAAGUGUUAGGUCGCUCGAUCAGUUUUGGGAGAUGAUGUCCUUUCGCCAGGAGUGUUCUGCUGGGAGGCUUGUUGGAUUUCUUUGGCUUGUUAUCAAUCCGCCUGGAGUUUUGAAUUCGAAUCCGAUGUUGAGUAGCAAGUCCGGACUUACGGAGCUCAAGGAUGCACCAAAGCCGGCUUCUAGUGCCCCCAUUACCUCUCAGGAUGCGAACCCCUCGGAGUCUUUGAAAGGCUCGGGCGAUCAGACGAAGGUACAGCCCGCAAACGACGGAAGCGCAUUCUACUGGCCACAAACCGGACGGGGGCACGCAGUUCUGAGCGAAGUGGACUAUAAAGCAGCAAUCGAAUUUCUUCUGGAGCAAGAUUUCUACAACGAGGAGGUCUCGACUGCAAGCACGAAUGCCUUCAACAACAAGGUCGCUGCUCUUGCGGACGAGCUUUGGAUAGGGCAGCUGGUCGUAGGCAAGGCCGCAAACGGGGAGUUUACAAAACCUGCACCAGGACCGGCUGCCAUUACGAAUACUCCUUUAGUAAGAAAGCGAAAGAAGGAGGAGCAAACCGAAGCAUCUGGGACGGCGCCGAGUGCAACCACCAGUACAGAGUCGAGCCUGCCGCCUGGUGUGAACGUUCUACAGGCCAAUCUAAUCCGCAAGAAGAAGAAAACUUGA